AUGGCAACGAUAAAAUCCUUACCAGAGGAAUUGAUACCCAUCAUUCUCGGCUACAAGGAUAUUACCAUCGAGGAUAUCAUUAAUUUCCGAUGCGUCUGCAAACAAUUUCGUUCGCAGCCAGCUAUACAAAGUAUAUGGAAACAAAAUUUUCUCAAAGUCAUACAUAAUUAUGAGGAGGUAUUUUAUUAUAAUCAAAAAUGCUCUCAAUUUUCUUUCUACAAUGAUGAGCUAAAAAGCUUGCUUUCACAUUCUCCACGAAGAACUGAUUGCGAUUUAACCGAAAGAUAUUAUCACGAGAAACUAUUUAACUCUAUAUGGAAAUAUAAUAUAAAAUUAAGAUUGCACAAAUUUCUUACUUCAUCUCAGAGAGCGAGGCUUAUGGAAUGGACAGCCUUUAAUGUAGCUCAAACUUUACAAAUCGAAAAGGAUGUAACUUACGCGUACGUAGUAGAAUUUUUGGAUCAUAUCGCACUAGAGGUACAAAAUUAUCUGAAAAAAGAACAUCCAGGUCAUUCGAUAUUUUCGACGUCCGCAUUUGCUUUUUCUUAUUGGAAAAACAAUAAUAUAGACGAUAAUCACUGGAACGAAGCGGAAGGAAUUCAGAUUAUCGAUGCAUUGGACGAAUACAUAUUUCGCAAAUUAAAAUUUCGGCCGUGCAAAGUGAACGAUACAAAUCUGGAAUUCAUGUGUAUAGAUAAUGUACUAAAAAGUAGAUAUGGACAAGACAUUAUUUUAUUAAUAAUAUAUCACAGCGUGGCAAGAAGACUUGGUCUUCGUUCCGACAUUAUAGGAUUCGGUGAACGAUCAGAUCUAUCCCACUGUAUAUACUGGAAAUCCAGAUAG